AUGGAGCCUCCGUCUGAACCAAACGAUGAAUCAUCCGAGAAUACAUCUCUUGAAAGAAUGAAAAGAAUGAUGCCGGAGUUCCUCGCAAGUAGAAUUGAUGAAAUCCUCUUGGAAAGGAUCUAUAAACUCUACAAUACAUCCCGCAACGAAGCGACUCGGGUUACCAAUGCACUCAAGGACCAAGCAUUUGUCGCGUACAAUGUGUCAAGAUCACAUUCACAAAGCCUUUUGACCUCCCUGGAUCAUCAUACCAUCAAUUCCACAUGGCCAAAAUCAAUAGGUCAGGCACCAUGGAACAACCAUUCGGAAUGGUUCCGUCUUUCUGCAGGAAACACCUCCGAUUGGUUGAGUUUUCCAACAUCAGGAAACAAUUUGACGGCAACCCUAGCAGAAGCCUUCAAUACUUCACUUUAUAGGUCUGCUUACCAAGCAUGUAUAACUUCUCGAGAUGGACUGCAGUACUAUGUGAACAAGACCGCUCACUGGUCUCAGGAGUUGGAUACAUCUCAGGAUUCCAUCAUUGCAGGGCUUGGUUUCUUGGCAGUCGUCAUCAUUUGUCUCGUUGUAUUUGGGUGGCGAAAGGUGACGAAAAGGCAAAACCUCCAGUUUGAUGACUCGGCCAAAGACUGCGAUCGUUCAUUUGAAGGUAUGAGGGUAUUGCGGAAUACCAGGGAUCGGUCGUCUACAAAUGACUUUUUUGGGAUGCAUCUUCGCGAGCGGGGAAAUAGCUCGGGUGAUUUCAGCCGCGGUAGUGGGCGUAGAGGAACAUCGAUAGAUGCGCCUCCUCCAAUUAGGCGAGAGAGGGUCGGAAGCAUGGAUAUCUUUUACUCCAGAAGAAAUUCAGCUGAAAUUUCGAAUCGUCGCUUGAAUACAAAUAUGAGCACCGGCUCCAGAAACGUUCGAUCGCCCGUGUCACCUCAGGAGUACGUUCGUUCACAAUUGACAUCAGAAGAGAACGAAGACGAAGGCUUCCUUUAUGAUGAAUUCGGUCUCGUUACAAUGUCCUUUGAAGUGGUCUAUUACGGUCCGGGGCAUACUGCGUUAAAGUACUCAGCUUUGUCGCCUCCAAAAGACUGGGCUGAAGCAUCGCGGCAGAUCAUUCCACAUGAGAUCGGAACAGUGCUUCGUCGGAACAUAUUCCUCGACGUUAGUAAAGCAAAUAUUGCUGUAAAAGAACCAACAUCGGAAGGUCAUUGGGAAUACGAGCUCCCAAUCAAUGAUUCUUCGGUAUAUGUUGUACCCCCUGCUGGAGGAGGAGUUAUCAAUCUUUAUGAACGGGGUACACCCAAAGAAAAAUGGAAAGAGUAUACUUUUCAGUCUUGCAAUGUGGCUGCUCAAUUUCAGCUGGAUGUACUAGCGUACCAAGUCCUUGGUCAAACCUUGCGGAGUAUAUUUGAAGUGCUCUCGAUUGUACAUCAAGGGUCAAUGGCUUCAGAUUAUACCGAUUAUGUGCUUCAUGCGAGUCAAGUUGUAGAGGAGAACGAUGAAGCCGCAAAAUCAGAUAAUCAGGUCGAGAACGGGGGCUGCAUUGCUUGGGAUGACGCCAUGCGUGCAUUGAGCAGCAUUCCGACUAUUCGAAUUGCCCUCGAACGAGUUUGGCUGAAUCAUCGAUCACCUGUCAGAGUGAGCAUUGACGCGAAGGGCAAGCGGAAAGAUGUACCUGCUGCAGCGGGUGACGAUAGCAGAUACAUCAACGAUGCUUAUCUUAACAGACGUGUUUUACUUGGUCCCGUGGACUUCUUCCGGCUGUUUGUUCCAGCGCUUCCCCAAACAGCCAUUCCGCAAAUCGAGUCAAAUGCUGUUCGAAUGGAGCAACUGCUAAGCUGGAGGAAACGCGCGGCGCGAGCUGCAGUUCUUGUCCGAGCAUAUGCGAUAUCUCGACGUGUUGUAAACCAAGGAUGGACAUUGCCGCUAUCAGAUGGAGAUGAAAACGAGGCCCUGACGCGACGGCUUGCUUAUGACGACAACGACGAUAACAACAAGAGAGACUCGAGAGUCAAGAACGAAUACUACGAGGCAUCUGUAUCUCGAGAUGUAUUGUGCCAUGUGCGCCCAUUCGACUUUUUCAGCAAGGGUGGUGUCGGUAGCUUUGAAAAGUCGCUUGUAUUGAGUCCGUAUCAAGCUUACUCCUUAGUUGGGAUGCAACUUUUCAAUUUGCCGGAAGGACAGAGUGACGAUGCCGUAUUCAGUGCAACGCGAGAUCCGGUUGAAAUGUUCCCAUCGCUGGCAACGCUGAUCUCUGGAAACCCCGAGCUAGAUUUUUUCGUCACAUCUCAUUUCAACAUGAUGAAAAGACGCCUUUUUGUUGGCUGUUUUGUGCGUUCCCUUCCAAAAGGAAUCGACCCUCAAUUCGAUACUGUGAUGAAACGCUUCUCUGAGGGUUCAAAGGAAAUUCGGGACCGAAAACUUCACAUGAUGGUCCAACUUGGCCAACGAUCCAAUAUUUCUUACGGAGGCCGAUUGGCACUUCGGUUUUUGGCAUUGACUUUGAGGUUCAGGAGGGGUAUCAGUUCUUCGCUUAGCCUCGAGGCUACGAAAGAUCGUUCCCCAUUGCCUUCGUUGCGACUGUCUGAUUAUACGGAAACGCAUCACUUUGGGGGUGCACUACAGCAGAAUCCUGACUUACCAAAGAACUACGUAUCCAUGACAGCAAAGGUCGAUAAUAGGUUCCUUCCAAGUUCCAUCUCUUCGCUUCUUUUCCAGAUUGUGGACGAGAGGCUGAACGCCAGGGCCAUGGAUUUCACAGUAGUCCUCGAAGGCGAUCAUGAUGAUGAACUCCCAGAACGAGCUCUUUGUUCAAUGAGGAUAGUCCAUUUGAGCUCGGAGACAGUUGGGAAGACUCUGUCCCCGAAAGAUGUCGCGGAGAUAAGGCUCGCUAAACCAGAUUCUGAUAUUAUCGAGCCAAGUCUUAAACGAUGGGCUAGGCAUUCGCUUCACAACGCUAUGCUAAUGUUCUCUCCGUCCGGGGACAAAAAGAAAAAAAGAUCUGGACUCAAUGGUGCAUCUUCUAAGUCCAGAUCAAUUGAUCGUCUGAGGAUAGAAGAUUGCGACAACCCAUUGGAUCUUGCUGCGAAUGAUGUCGUAGAUAUAUUGCUUGAUCUUGACAUUCCAAUUCAAAAUGGAAAACGGAACACCACAGCACAAUGGACUAGUCGAUCGGAUGUUUCGACUGUAUCGGUUCUUAGCUACUUCGACCGACAUGAUAUCCAUAGGUUUCUUCGUUCGACAGAAAUGGAUGUGAGAGACACUGCGCUCCGGCUGAUUGACACAGCAUCAUGGCGCGGGAAAACCUUUCCGAUCGACAAGAGAAGCUGCAGGAUUGAGCUGCAAAGCGGCCAAAUAUUCGAACAAGGACUGGAUGUCCGCGGCAAUCCCGUAGUCUACUUUAGAAAUCUUUGCCUGGGACCAUGGAGAGGCGAUGUAGAUGCCACAGUUACUGCCAUGAUCCAUCGCAUGGAUGAAACUUUAUCGGCCGUUCAUGACAAGAACCCAAGCGCAAAAAUAACAUUGGUGAUUCUCAUGGGCAGGCCAGUCGAGGCCUCGGAAUAUGACGACUCCUCAUCGGAAAGCAGUGACGAUGAUGUGGACGAAAGUGGAGGUAAUGAGAACCCCUCGCAAGAGAGCGCGGACGAAGUACACCCAACCGAGGUGACUGUUGGGGAUGUCAAUCCACGUGUAGCAGCAAACGAAACGUUCCAGCUACACACAAGCAAACAGGUUUACCAGAAAUUCUUUAGCCUAUUUGCGGCCCAUUAUCCUGGGCGCUUGGGUGUAGCAGUGAUGGUACCUGGCAAGGGCAAGAAUUACUAUUAUUCCACCACGUUGCGGCGAAAGACUAUACUGAAGAAGCUCGUCCCUCCCAAAGCGCUGCGAAUGAAAUUUCAAUUUGUUGAUACUUUUGCGGAACUAACACAAUUUGUCCCAAGAGACGAGUUGGUCUCAAUUGUGGGAGGCCCGGUCCCGAUCAAAGCCAGUGCUUUUGGCUGUUAA